AUGCGGUCAUUGCAUGUUUUCGCUCUGCUCUGCUCUCUUGCUGCAGCUUCCAACGGGGCCAAAAUAGACAGGCGGCAUGUCGUGCAGACGUUCAACCCUCGCCGAAAUGCGAGCUCGCCGGAGACCCCUUUGCAGGUUGGCAACGGCAACUUUGCCUUUGGCGCUGAUGUCACAGGUCUACAGACGUUCAGCCCCUUUGCUACCAUGUCAACAUGGGGCUGGCACAACUUCAGUCUGCCAACGACACCAGGCCAAACAUCCAUAGACGACUACAAUGGCACAGAGUGGUGGACUCAUGACCGGCUUGUCCAGUACAACAUGCCCAACGAAAACAACCAAGAUAUUGCCAACUGGCUCCGGGAGAAUCCUCACCGCAUCAACCUUGGCUCUAUUGGCCUCUCAUUUGGUGAAGAUGAUGUCAGAGAGGCAACGCUCCAGGACAAAUCCCAAGAGUUGGACUUGUGGAACGGGGUUAUCAAGUCCUCUUUCACAUACCAGGGUUCCGUCGUCGAGGUUGAGACGCGAGCCGACCCAGAUUCGGAUACGGUGGCUAUCCGAAUCGAGUCUGAACUCCUCUCCAAGGGCGGCCUCGGCGUCUUCUUCGAUUUCCCCUAUCCCAACAACAACAAGUUUGACGAACCUUUUGUGGGACUGUUCAACCAGACUGACAAGCACUCCACCUCACUGACCAGCUGUGGGAGCCACGCCGCGAUCCAUCAUGAUCUGGAUACCUUUGAGUACGACUUGGUCCUCGAGUGGAACGGCAAAGGCAAAGUCGUGGCUGCCGGCGACGGGAGCCAUCGCUAUACCCUCACCGUCGAAGGGUCCAAUGAGCUUGAAUUGACGGCACACUUUGCGCCUUCCAAGCCGGAACGUCGUGCUAGCUAUGGUGAGAUCGUGGCCGCGUCCGAGGCAUGGUGGCCAUCAUACUGGACGAAGGGUGCUUUUGUCGACCUCACAGCAUCCGACGCGGCCGAUGCGAUGGAACUGCAACGACGCACGAUUCUGUCCCAGUACCUUGUCGCUGUCAACAGCGCGUCCGACUACCCGCCUCAAGGUUUCGCACCACCACAACAAUCCGGCCUCGUCAACAAUGGCUGGUUCGGCAAGUUCCAUAUGGAAAUGAUCCUCUGGCACCACGUCCAGUUUGCUCGCUGGGGCCACUGGGAUCUCCUGCGCCGCAGUCUGCCGCACGUCUGGGACCGGCUGCUCGAAGGGGCGUUUGAGCGCGCCGCCAACCAGGGCUACGACGGCGCCCGCUGGGGCAAGAUGACGGAUCCGUCAACCAUCGACUUGCCGGGCGAGAUCAACACGCUGCUGAUCUGGCAGCAGCCGCACCCAAUGUACUUUGCCGAGCUCGAGUACCGGGCGUUCCCGACGCAGGCGACGCUCGACCGCUGGGCGCGGCUCCUCGACGCGUCGGCCGACUUUAUGGCCUCGUACGCCUGGUUCAACGAGACGACGGGCGUCUACGACCUCGGCCCGCCCAUGUACCCGUCGUCGGAGAACACGAACCCCAACGCGACGGUCAACCCGCCCUUUGAGCUCGCCUACUGGCGCUUCGGCCUCGACACUCUGCUCGCCGAGACGGCGGCGCGCAUCUGGAGGCUCUGGGACCUCGACGCCUCGUUCGGCUGGGACUUUCCCAUGCUGGCGAUGAAUGCACUGCGGCUCGGGGACGCCGCCCGGGCGGUCGAGUACCUCCUGCACCCGACGUUUCGGUUUGACGAUGCCGGCUAUCCCGUGGGCGGCACGCGCGUGCCGACGCCGUACUUUCCCAGCGCGGGAAGCCUGCUCAUGGCGGUGGCCAUGAUGGCGGGGGGCUGGGACGGCAGCGAGGGCGCGCAUUUCCCCGACGCGUGGACGGUGGCUGUAGAGGGGUUCGUGCCGGGGAUGUAG